AUGCAACAAAAUCAAUGUAGUCUACAAAAACCCCCUCAAUCAUCAUCAAAGGGUUUAUUGGAAGCCCAGAACACAUGGAGUACUGCAAAAUUUGUGGGUAUCUCAACAAAUGAUGAAGAGGCUGUGGUAGCUGGCCUCAGAAAGUCGAAAAGACUCUUAAUCAUGGAUGGUGAAAGGAGCAUAGUUAUUAGGAAAUUAGUAAACCAGCAAACAGUAACGUUUAUGGGCCUCGUUGAGACGAAGCAUAAAAACUCCAUGAGAAGUAGGAUGAAAAGAAUGUGGGGUAACCACGAGUUUAACAUGUGCGUGGUGUAUGCUAGCAAUACGAAUGGAGGUGGGUUCAUUGCAAUUUGGGACACGAGAACUUUCAAUGCCCUAAAUGAACAUAUGGGCAAUAGGUGGAUCCUAUUAGAAGGUCGUAUCAACAAACAUAAUUUCGAAUGUUAUGUGGGAGUGAUAUAUGGGCAAAACGACAGAGUAGGAAGAUAUCAUUUGUUUGAGGAGCUUAACCAAUUAGUGAUAGCUGUUAAUAAACCUGUCCUUCUGUUGGGUGAUUUUAAUGUCAUCUUACACGAUAGGGAGAGAAUUGGAUCAUUUAGAUGCAACCUAAGCAUGAGAGAAUUCGCAGAAUGGAUUGUUGAUUUGGGCUUGAUCGAUAUACCCCUGCAUGGUAUUAAAUUCACAUGGAGACGAAAUGAAUCCAAAAGCAAAAAAGAUAGAGGCCUCUGCUGCCAGUCAUGGCUGACGAAAUUCCCAAAUAUGAGUAUGGUGGGUCUAAAAAGAAGCUUUUCUGAUCAUAACCCGCUACACCUAUCUCUCGAACCUAGCACCAACUGGGGCCCCAAACCUUUUAGAUGCUAUGAUGCAUGGUUCUCAAAUUCGAACUUCAAAAGCUUCCUCAUCAAUGAAUGGAGAAACAUCCCAAAUAUGUCCCUGCACAACAAGAUGAAAAUCCUCAAGGCCCCUCUCAAUACAUGGAGAAAAGAACAUUUUGACACCAUGGAUAACAAAAUUUCUGAGCUAGAAUCGGUUAUACACAGCCUUGAAAGACUAAGUGAUGAUAGGGAACUCAAUAAUAUGGAAACGGCCAGGUUGAAUGCUGGUAAUAGCCUUCUUCACUUGUGGCUCAUAAGAAGAGAAAGAGUGUGGAGUCAAAAAGCCAGACAUAUGGCUUCAACAUGA